AUGAAGCCGACCUCUUGCUUCUUUCUCAUCCUCAUCCCCUUUCUCCAGCUGAUAAUCCCAGGGGAUGCUCAGUGCUCCUUGGACUCCAUUGUGGAUAAAAAGAUAAAGGAUGCUCUCACUGAAAUAGGGAGAAAUCCCUCUGCCCCAGCAAGGAGGAUCUCAUGUUUCAGUGUCAAGAACACAGGCAAACUGUCUUCCUGCCCUGCAAGGUCGGUUGUCACUGGCUGUGCUUGUGGCUAUGCCUGUGGCUCCUGGGAUGUCCGGGGGGAAACCACAUGCCACUGCCAGUGUGCCACAGUGGACUGGACCACUGCCCGCUGCUGCCACCUGACCUGA